UUUUUUUUUUUUUUAGCUGCAAGGGCAUUAGUUUUGUAUUUGGGGUUCACAGUUCAACAGCUGCUCAGAGCGCUCAGAUGUUGGCUCAUUCAACUUUUGGGUGGCUUUGCACAUCGCUAGUGCAAGUGGAUUGUUUUGAGCAUGUCCCUGUUUUGUGGCACCAUGGGGUUUUCCAUGCAUCUCAGAACCCCCUUUUGUCUCUGCUAGAAUCAGCCACUUAUCCUAUCCAUGCUGGUUUAUUAAACUGGCCCACGUUAUUGGACUGAGGAUCUGGGCAUGGCAUGUAUUUUGUAUAGAGUCCCAUUCCCUCCGUAUCCUCUCAGCUGGUGUACAAGGAGCACACAUACCAACCCGUGUGUGUGCCAGCAUGUCACCUAGAAAUGCUUUCCAUCUGCUUCUAUAGUAAGCUGAACUUGAGUUUCGACUUAAGUUCCCAGUUCUGUUCUGUUAUCCCGGGAUCUCCAGCCUCUUUGCCUUGCUUAUCUUUAGUCUCCUACCAAUAGGGGUGCCUUGAGUUCAGUGCAGAUGAGGAAGUGAUGAAUGAGAAAGAUUAGCAUGGUGUCUUGAGCAGCCAUGUGCUUAUGUACAUACAUGUAGAGGCCACUGGGACCCUUAAGGUGUCCUGGUCUGUCACUUCCCACUCCAUUCCCUUGAGAUGGGGUCUUUCACCAAACUGAGUUCCUCAUUUGAUGACAAGGUUUGUGACCAGGGAAGCUGAGGUCCCCUUUUGGAGUGCUUAGUCUUAUCAAUACCAUAAUUUAGAAAUGGACUCACGAAGCAAAGGACAGUUUCAUUAGAGCUUAAGAGAAGCUGCUGGGGAAAAGAGACUGAGAGAAAGCCCUGCCAUUUCUGUUAGGCAUGGAAAAGAAAGAGCUCAUUAAGAAAGAAAAGGGCAUCCCCGAGAGUGUGUUUUCCUGCUGAACUGAGAAAAGUACCCCAAAAGUAUCCAGCCAGGUGGCAGUGUAUUAUAUUUCACAGCCUUUGUAGGUCAUAGGCUGUGUGCUGUUCAUGCCCUCCCUGUUCUCUGGAUGGUGCCACUGGGAAGAAAAGCUCUGACUCUUCCACACACUGCCUUCUUUCACAUGCUAGUCUUGAUGUAGCUGUUUUCCUUCCUGCUCUCCUAUCCCCCCAGACUGGCCGGACAGCCAUCCCCAGGGGUCCCCCUCCAGUGCUGGGGUUACCGGUGGGGACAGGCUUUUUAUGUGGGUGUUGGGGACUCCAGGCUCAGAUCCUGAUGUUUGUGCGUCAAGUGUUCUUACCCACUGAGCCAUCUCCCCAGCUCCCAUUGUCUUUUAUAUCUUUGAUUAUUAUAAUUAUGGACUACCUGCCUAUGGAGAGCCCAGUCUAGAAGAAUGGAUCAAAACCCUGACCAUUGCAUAAUCUCACUUGAAGUCCUCUUGGAUGCCUGGCUCAGCAUGGGUGAUCAAACAGCCAGCAUGGCUAAUGCAGCAUAAUCCCUGUGCAACAGGCCAACCCAGACUGUUCUGCGAUGACCACAGCGAGGUACCGGCCCACCUGGGACCUGGCCCUCGACCCGCUGGUGUCCUGCAAGCUGUGCCUCGGGGAGUACCCAGCGGAGCAGAUGACAACCAUCGCCCAGUGCCAGUGUAUCUUCUGUACCCUGUGCCUGAAACAGUAUGUUGAGCUCUUGAUCAAAGAAGGACUAGAAACUGCAAUUAGCUGCCCGGAUGCUGCAUGCCCUAAAAAGGGCCACCUUCAGGAAAAUGAGAUUGAGUGUAUGGUUGCAGCUGAAAUUAUGCAAAGAUAUAAAAAGCUACAAUUUGAAAGAGAGGUGCUCUUUGACCCUUGCCGGACGUGGUGCCCAGCAUCCACCUGCCAAGCCGUGUGCCAACUCCAGGACAUAGGACUACAGACCCCCCAGCUGGUGCAGUGCAAAGCCUGUGACAUGGAAUUCUGCUCUGCAUGCAAAGCCCGCUGGCACCCGGGCCAAGGCUGCCCCGAGACCAUGCCAAUCACCUUCCUUCCCGGGGAGACCAGCUCUGCUUUCAAGAUGGAAGAGGGUGACGCACCCAUCAAGCGCUGUCCCAAGUGCCGGGUGUACAUCGAGCGGGACGAGGGCUGCGCACAGAUGAUGUGUAAGAAUUGCAAGCAUGCCUUCUGCUGGUACUGCCUGGAGUCUCUGGAUGAUGACUUCCUUCUGAUACAUUAUGACAAGGGACCUUGUCGCAACAAGUUGGGCCACUCCCGGGCAUCGGUGAUCUGGCAUCGGACACAGGUGGUGGGAAUUUUUGCUGGCUUUGGGCUCCUGCUCUUAGUGGCUUCUCCUUUCUUGCUCCUGGCCACACCCUUUGUCCUUUGCUGCAAAUGCAAGUGCAGUAAAGGUGACGACGACCCGCUUCCCACCUAGAGGACUGCGUGAUGAUGCUGGAACAGACCCCUGCUUCGGGACGUGUGGCUCCCCUACCCUCCCCCACCCCCACCUCCCCCACGAAACAUGUUUCUUGCCUUAUGUGCCCCUAUGAGCUUCAGUGUCCAGCUUGCUGCGGAGAUUUCAGGGAUGAUGUCAGCAAGUGGGCAGAGGCCUCGGGUGUGGUCUCCGGGGUGUGGGGGAGGUGAGGCAGAAGUGGGUGGGCGCAUCCCACCUCUGUGUCUGCAGAUUCGGCCUGAGGUGGCAUCAGCCGCAUAUCAGGCAGGGAAUGUCCAGUGGGAGCUUAGGAGACCCACUCAGACAAAGGGACACCUUGGCUUCAAGAUGGCACCAUGUUGUCAGGAGAAGUCUUCAAGCAUUAGGACUCUCUUCAGCCAGCACCUGAUUAUCUGACUUGAGAAAAUCUCUCCGUUUGUGACAACUGUUUUUACUUCUAAAGGCAUUUAGUAAAAUCCUUUUUAGAAGGCUUUUUCCCCCUUUCUGUCAACUGAAUAGUGAAAAUCAACAAGGUGCGUAAAAACCAUCCUAUGCCUUUUUUGAAAUGUGCAUUUUAUGAAGUUACAGAUAAAUGACUUUUGUGGCCUGACCAUUUUUUUUUCAGGAGCUACAGAAAGCCUUAUGCACACUUUGUGUUUUUCUUGGAACCUGCUGUAAUUAGUUUUUGAAUGCUCUGAGCUGUGUACUGUUAUCCACACGGGCCCCCUGUUGUUGCAUUUAUUCGAAGAUAUUGACACACUUAAGAAAUGUCUCUAGCUUUACGUCACCCCU